GGUCAGAAGCUGCGGGUUUGUUCCAAAGGAGCGCCGAGCUGCUGUUAUCUCACGGUCUCGGUAAAACUCGCUCUGYUCUGACGUUUGUGUUCUAAAAACGGAAGAAAAGAGCAAGUUUAGCUUUUAAAGCACAAGAUGGAUUCAACUCAUUUUCUCCUGGUUUUCCUGGUGUUCCUGAAGACGGAUCUCUUGCUCGCAACUACUAGUCAGGUGGCGCCACCAACAAAUGUGACCUUUCACUGUCACAACCUGCAGAACUUCCUUAAGUGGGACUAUGGUCAAAUCCCACCUGGGCUGAAAUUCAAAGUGACUAUUGGCUCAGAAUCUGGACUGGGCAGGUGUAGUAAUCAGCUUUGGGUUGAAAAACCUCCUCUACAAGCUGAUGUGUCGUUUCUCUCGGAUCCUGACGAUUCCUUCUACCUCGAUGUACGAGCUGUGAUGGAGUCCAAUGAGUCAGACUUUUCUCCACCAGAUGGCAUCACUUUCAGCUAUUUCCACGGCUCUAUGGCAAGUCAGAAAUGUUCUGUGGACCUGCCCCCUGUCAAUGUCACUUCUCAUCCAGACAACCAUGUCAUGUUCCGCUUUGAGCAUCCCUGGCUGCUGUACCACGACAAGCUGUCGACAUGUAAAAAACGCAACAAGAAGAAAGAAGAAAGCCCCCAAAAUCCACCACUUUUUACAUAUCAUGCUACAGCAGCUGGCCAGAAACAUACUUACUACUGUGAGGAGAGAGUGUGUGAGCAGACGCUGUUCGUGGACGCUGCGCAGGAGAAACCCUGUCUGCACAUCAGUGGAGAGUUUCUGAAGAUGUUGGUCGAACCGAAACAAGAGUACUGCGCCCAGCCGAUAAAAACUCAGAACAAUCUCACAGCUAUCUACGCUGUAGUUGGCRUUAUAAUCCUGGUGGCAGUUGCGGGAGUUAUUUUUAUGGUUUACCGCACAAAGACAAGAUCCUCGUCUCCUUUACCCAACUCAAUUAAAACAUUUGCCACAGUAGAAGCCCAGCUCACCACGAGUCCAGAGUUGGACAACAUCAACACACCUGACUCCCCCACACCUCUGCUGACCAGCAUCGAGGAGACGGACGUGCAACAGGAUCCGUUCCUCCUCGCGGUUAACGGGUCGACAGAAAACGACCURCGCAUGCGCUUAGGGACGUCUUCUAAUAACGUGUCUGAAAGCGUGAAGGAAGGGACGGCGAAUGGAGAGGGCUCUGCUUACAUACAAGGCGGCAACUUGGAGGAGGAGGAGGAGGAGGAGGAGGAGCCUGAGAAUUCCCGGUCUCCUUACGAGAGACGUGCAGUUCCGGUGCAGCUGGCUCCUGAUGAUCGCACGGAGGGGUACCGUGGUUGAACGAAUACGGAAGGUUUAGACGUGCUUUGACUUAUUAUUUUUUGCCAGCAAAAAGAAAAAAAACGUCCAGGAUUUUGUCCGGUUGGACUAUCUGAGCCCCACAUGCUGUAUUUUACUGAUCUAACAUCUAGGAUAUAAAAUGUAUCCACAUGAUUUAAAACGUUCCUUUUUACAAGCUGUGCAGUGUGCUAGGCAAGAUGUUAACAAAAGCUGGAGACGAGCAGUUAAAUAAUACAUUAUAACAAACAUUUGACCAAGUUUCUUAUAUCAGUUUUUAAGAUCCAAAUGGUCCCUCAUCAGUUUGAGCUACAUUUCAGCCUUCAGGGCUUCAUAUUAAACCUCAGAGGCUUUUGGUUAUAAAUGUAUUUUGUACAGGCUUAAAGAUUUUAAUUUAAAUCUUGUUUGUUUUACUCCUUUUAUAUAAGUACUGUAAGUAAGAAGUAAACUAAAGAACGAUGUAGCAUUGAACAAUAAUGUUUAUCUCUUAUACAGACUGUUUAGCACUUUUCUGUAACAUGCCAAUCAUUUAAAAGCAUUCAAGUCAAAGAAUAAUCAUGGUUGCACUAUUAGGCAAUGCCUACUGAUUUUAUUUUUUUAAUCCCCGUGAAUGGCACGAAAUGUUUUAGGAAUAAAACCCACACUUGCUGCUAGUGUCUUAUAAUGAGGCCUUAGCAGGAAAAAGCGGUUCAGUGACCGACUUAAAGAGGUGGAUGAGCUAAAAGAAACAAACGCGCUGAAGGUCUGAGUGUUACAACUAUUGCUAAUGAACAACCGUAGUUUCUCUKAGCAGAGUUCAAAAUACUUCCGCUGUACACAAACCCAGGAGAAAAAAAAAA